AUUACCACAAGGGAGGACGUGAACUCCAAGCAAGCAACAAGCAUCAAGACUGACCUUGAGCCCGAAGCUUUCAGACCAAACCUCAGUGACCCUAGCCAGCUUCUACAAACUGACCAAAUAGAAAAGCUCACAAAGCACCUCCCACCUCGCACAAUUGGCUACCCAUGGACACUUGUGUACAGUACAGCAAAACAUGGAAUGAGUCUGAAGACUCUGUACAGGACAAUGCUGGGAUUAGACACUCCUGUCCUCCUGGUGAUUAAAGACAGUGAUGCCCAGAUUUUUGGAGCAUUAGCAUCAGAGCCAUUUAAAAGUGAGUGAUUGCUUCUAUGGCACUGGGGAGACUUUCCUGUUUACAUUUUGUCCUGACUUUCAGGUGUUUAAAUGGACAGGAGAUAAUAUGUUCUUUAUCAAAGGUGAUAUGGACUCACUAGCAUUCGGUGGAGGAGGAGGAGAGUUUGCGCUAUGGCUGGACGGAGACCUUUACCACGGGAGAAGUCACUCGUGUAAAACCUUUGAAAAUACUACACUUUCUAAGAAAGAAGAUUUCAUUGUCCAAGACAUUGAAAUUUGGGCAUUCGAGUAA